AUGGCUUCCAACGCCAAGAUUCGUGUCGACCCCCAGAACAAUGGGAAGCCGCUGUCCUUUGGAUUCGGCGUCUCAAACGACAUCCACCUUGCCGGUCCCGGCGAGGCCGCCGAGGAGGCCGCCGAGGCCCACGCGGGCCAUCAACCGAAUCCGAACUCUUCGGCCCAGUACAGAAGUGCUGCUCCGCCGGGCUGCAAUCUGCCUCCCCCUCCUCGGUCGACAACGCUGUCAGCCGGAGCCCCGCCCACGGCCGGGGUGGGAAUUCCCUCUGCAGCUGCCAUGGAGAGUUUCCCCCCCGGCACGUGCACCAUUGGCCUCAGGGGCGACGGCUUCGUCUUGCGCGAUCUGUCCAAGGGCCAUUCCUCGGUGCACGUAAGUUGGGCUCUGGGCGGGGCUAAUUAG